AUGUUCUCGGGUCACGUGCGCCAGGCCUCACGCCAGGAGGCAAAGACACCGAGGCCGCCGCAGCUCUGGGAUGCAGCGCCGAGGUUGCAGCUUGGCAUCUUCAUCCUCUUUGUUCAGCUUCCUGCCCAGCCCUUCCUCGGAGCAGCAAGACUUCACGGACCUGCCCCUGGCUUCCAGUUUGGGGAGUGGCUGCUCAGCGCUGAGCUCCUGGCCGUGUUCCAGGAGGCCGACCGAGAGGCCCGGCAACUGGGGCAGAUGUGCAUCGGCGAGGAGGCUGCAGUGCUGGGAAUCUUGGCCAACCGCCCCUUUGCCGAAGAUCUUUGUGGCCAGCGGAAGCUGGGGGGUAUGGUGAAAGCCCUUGCAAAGAUGGCCCUGACACGUGCGGACCAGCUGCCAGACAUCUUCUCGCGCUUGCCGUGCCUGGGCUCCGGGUCACUGAUGUUCACGAUGAGCCGUGGAUUACAAGAAGCCCUGGCUGAGGCCUCACGCUGGCAGAAGCUCUUGCAGCACACGGGUGCUUUGAAGAUCGAGCACUUGGCCUUGGCUCUGGUGAGCCGGCAUUCAUUGGAUGGAUCGCGGACCGACUAUCGAGUUCUACCCGAUCUCCUGGUGUCUUUUGGCGUGCACGCUGCCGAUGCAAAAUGUGCGCUGCUCGAACGGCUGCCGGGUGCGGUUGCAAAACACCUUGCUGGUGCCACGAAGCCUGCCAACCAAGCACUUCGCGCAUGCCCAGGUGUGAACUCGACCCUCACCCUCAAGUCUGCACAGAAGUGGCCGGAGCUCUUAGCGAGUUCGCUGGAAAGACUGACUGCUGGCUUCAAAGAGCGCACGGUGGAAGGCAAGCUUCUCUUACUGGCAGCUAUCGCAGGUGAACAUGUCUUGCUUCUGGGCCCUCCUGGUACCGGCAAGAGCAAGCUGGCGAGACGCCUGGCGUCCGUUUGUGAUGGGCAGUACUUCGAGCGCCUCCUGACGCGCUUCACGACCCCGGAGGAAGUCUGGGGGCCGCUAUCGCUUCAAGCCCUCCAAAGCCAGGACAAGCUGCUGCGGCAAACCAGUGGGUAUCUUCCAGAUGCAGAAGUAGCCUUCUUGGAUGAAGUUUUCAAGGCAAGUCCAGGCGUGCUGAAUUCACUCAUGUCCAUCUUGAACGAGCGGGUCUUCGACAAUGGAAGCGAUCGUCAUGAAAUUCCCCUGUGGUGCAUGAUCGGUGCAUCGAACGAGCUGCCUGAGAAUGAUGUGCUGGACGCCCUGUAUGACCGUUUCCUCUUGAGGAAGACGGUGGGACAUGUCUCAGAUGGCCGGUACCAUGAUUUUCUGCUUGGGGAGUUGACCACUCCAGGCUCUGGCACGGUCCGCCCUUCUCAGGCCCAUCAAGGCAAGAUACUCGACUGCCAGCUCUGUCAGCAAGCUUGCAGACAGGCAGCGCAGCAAGUCAAGGUGCCUCAGCGAGUGUUGAAUCUGGUGGCGGCCCUGCGAAAGCACCUCCGCCAAGCAGCACCUCCCAUUGUCCUAUCUGAUCGUCGGCUGGCGAAGGCCACGCGCUUGCUUCAGGUCGCCACUUUCACCUGUGGAGGAGCUGAAGUUUCAGAGGUCGACCUUCUCCUGCUUCAGCACGUUUUCUGGGACAGAGACCCUGAGCAGGGGGAGCAGGUCCGACACUGGCUGUUGAGGAACUACAGCGCGCACGGUGAGGAGGAGGCCCUCACCGUCGCUCAGAAGUCUCUGAAUCGAGCCCGGGAGAAGGUGGCCGGAGCUGAGAAGUUUCCUGGGGUGAGGCGCGCGACGUCAGUCACAGCACCAGCUGUUCCCGUCGACUAG